UUUCAUAUGUCAAUCUGAACACCAAACGCAGCGCCUCCUCGCAAUUAUCGCGGUUGCAUAAAAAUAUAUGAUUAAUCCGUUAUAGAGGCGAAUUUAGGUUCAUUCAGAAUGAAGCUUUGACUCCAUCCGAGCAAAACGACCAGAGCAAAACAUUAUUAUAGCACAGGACAUCAACAUUUAACCGAUGCUCAUUUACAGCAGGUGGCGUUGCUUGUAUAAUCCAUAAUCGCGUUUCGAUCCGGACCUUGGAUUGGAUCUGCCUGUUGUUCAGAUUCAGCACUGGACAGCGACCGAUUUUGUCGCUCGGACAUUCAAAACGACAAGGAAUCCUCGAGAAAGGUCGAAUCGACCCUUGCUUGGCUCGGGGCAUUGCGCGGCUAGAUGACUUCACUACAUCAACAAGCACGGUAGCCCUGGACUAAAUAUAUCACCACAUCCCCCUGCCUUCUCUCUUCCUUCUCUCUCAUCUUGAGCGCCCCCCGCCCGCUAGCACCAUGGGUAACCGAGGAAUGGAGGAUUUGAUCCCGCUGGUCAAUAAACUCCAGGACGCUUUCAGCGGCAUCGGUCAGAGCUGCAAUCUUGACCUGCCACAGAUCGCGGUAGUCGGCGGACAGAGCGCUGGCAAGAGCUCGGUGUUGGAGAACUUCGUUGGCAGAGACUUCCUGCCCCGAGGCUCUGGGAUCGUCACCCGCAGGCCCCUUGUCCUGCAGCUCAUCAGUGCCAAUGCAGAAUGGGCAGAGUUCUUACACUGCAAAGGGAAGAAAUUCACUGACUUCGAUGAGGUUCGCCAGGAGAUUGAGGCGGAGACUGACCGCAUUACUGGGGCCAAUAAGGGCAUAUCUCCCGUCCCCAUCAACCUCCGCGUCUACUCCCCACAUGUGCUGAACCUUACCCUGAUUGACCUGCCUGGCAUCACCAAGGUGCCCGUGGGGGACCAGCCAGUGGACAUUGAGCAGCAGAUCAGAGACAUGAUCAUGCAGUUCAUCUGCAGGGAGAGCUGUCUCAUCCUGGCUGUCACCCCGGCCAACUCUGACCUGGCCAACUCAGACGCCCUCAAACUGGCCAAAGACGUUGACCCCCAGGGCCAGCGGACCAUAGGAGUGAUCACCAAGCUGGAUCUGAUGGAUGAGGGAACAGACGCCAGGGAGGUCCUCGAGAACAAGCUGCUGCCCCUAAGGAGAGGUUAUAUUGGAGUAGUGAACCGCAGUCAGAAGGACAUUGAUGGGAAGAAGGACAUCAAGAUGGCUAUGGCUGCUGAGAGGAAGUUCUUCCUCACUCACCCAGCCUACAGACACAUGGCCGAAAAGAUGGGCACCCCGUGCCUGCAGAAAGUCCUCAACCAGCAAUUGACCAACCACAUCCGCGACACGCUGCCGGCGUUCCGUAGCAAGCUGCAGACCCAGCUUCUGUCUCUGGAUAAGGAGGCAGAGGAGUACCGGGGAUACCGCCCUGAUGACCCGGGACGUAAGACCAAGCAACUGCUGCAGAUGGUGCAGCAGUUCUCCGUGGACUUUGAGAAGCGCAUCGAGGGCUCUGGUGACCAGGUGGAUACUGUAGAGCUCUCUGGUGGAGCCAAGAUCAACCGUAUCUUCCACGAGAGAUUCCCCUUCGAACUGGUCAAGAUGGAAUGUGAUGACAAGGAGAUGCGGCGGGAGAUCAGCUACGCCAUCAAGAACAUUCACGGUAUCAGGACUGGCCUGUUCACUCCAGACAUGGCAUUUGAGGCCAUUGUGAAGAAGCAGAUAGUGAAGAUCAAGGAGCCGUGUAUCAAGUGUGUGGACAUGGUCAUUCAGGAGCUGAUCAACACAGUGCGCCAGUGUACUAACAAGCUGGAUUGCUUCCCCAGACUGCGUGAGGAAACCGAGAGAAUUGUGACCUCACACAUCAGAGACAGAGAGAGUAGGGCCAAGGACCAGGUGUUGCUGCUGAUCGAUGUCCAGCUCUCGUACAUCAACACUAACCAUGAGGACUUCAUAGGCUUUGCUAAUGCACAGCAGAGCAGCAAGCAGAGCAGCAAGCAGAGUAAUGCUGCAAGCCAGGUCAGCCAGGUCAUCCGUAAGGGCUGGCUAACCAUCAACAACAUCAGCAUCAUUAAAGGUGGGGCCAAGGAGUACUGGUUCGUCCUGACCGCUGAGAGCCUGUCCUGGUUCAAGGAUGACGAGGAGAAGGAGAAGAAAUACAUGCUCCCUCUUGACAACCUGAAAGUGCGAGACGUGGAGAAAGGCUUUAUGUCCAGCAAGCACGCCUUCGCCAUCUUCAACACAGAGCAGAGGAACGUGUACAAGGACAACCGUUUCCUGGAGCUGGCCUGUGACACUCAGGAUGAGGUGGACAGUUGGAGGGCUUCUCUCCUGCGUGCUGGAGUCUACCCCGAAAGAUCUUCUAAUGUGGAGAGUGAGGGGGGCGGCUCCUCGUCCUCAUCCCAGGACAACUUUUCCAUGGACCCUCAGCUGGAGCGGAAAGUGGAAACCAUCCGCAACCUGGUCGACUCCUACAUGGCCAUCGUCAACAAGUGCAUCCGCGACCUCAUGCCCAAGACCAUUAUGCACCUCAUGAUCAGCAACGUGAAGGACUUCAUCAACGCGGAGCUGCUGGCCCAGCUGUACUCAGCCGGGGACCAGGGUGCCCUGAUGGAUGAGUCCCAGGAGCAGGUCCAGAGGAGGGACGAGGUCCUCAGGACCCACCAGUCCCUGAAGGAGGCCCUGGCCAUCAUAGGAGACAUCUCCACCACCACCAUCUCCACCCCCAUGCCGCCGCCCGUGAACGACUGGCGCAGUGGAGGUGGCAACCGGUCUCCUCCAACCAGCCCCACUGGUUCCAGGAGGAUGUCAUCAGGCCAGCGCCCUAGUCCCGGAGGGGGGCGAGGGGCUCCACCCCCUCCUAACCGCCCAGGACCUCUGGGGCCCUUCAGCAACAGUGCUGAUAGCCCCCAGGUCCCCAGCCGCCCCAACCGGGCCCCUCCCAGCAUCCCCAGUCGACGACCUCCUCCUUCUCCAACAAGAAAUGUCCCCCCAUCUUAAGCAGUCAAAGAAGCUUGUGAUCUUUUAAGGGCCUAGUGCUCAUCCCCUAGCUCAUCCCCUAGCGCUCAUCCGUCCCCAUACCAACCCUAUUCCCCCUAUCCUCCACAAGCCCCUCUUCUAUCUAUCCUUGGUCUUUACAUAGUGCAGACAUUGAACCUUUUGCCCUCUGACCCUGACCCCUGACCUCACGCCAGGUGACGAUCGAUGUCCAUGUAUCUAUGUACAGUAUGGUGCUUGUCUUGUGGUGUAUCUUUCUGUAUGUGUGCUUGUGCUCACCUGUGGUCCAGGUCUGUUUAGCAGAUCCAGUUCCGACUGAGUUUCAGCCCCUAGAAACCUCAUCUCCCUUACCUAGAACCCAACCUGCUGUCCCUAGAACGCCCUCCUCACCCUCCACCCACCUCCACCUAGACCCCACUUGCUGCUUCUCUACAUAUCUAUGCUCAGCAGUGGCACUACCCUACCCAUUCCAAAAUGCAGCAUGGCACAUAGGCUGCUUUUAUUGCAUGUGUGUGUGUGUGUGUGUGUGUGUGUGUGUGUGUGUGUGUGUGUGUGUGUGUGUGUGUGUGUGUGUGUGUGUGUGUGUGUGUGUGUGUGUGUGUGUGUGUGUGUGUGUGUGUGUGAGGGAAGGGGACUAAUUGGCCUAUAUAGGCCAAGUUAGUUUUAGUAUCAUAUAUUGCAUAUUGUACAACACCCUCUUUCUGUGGGUUAUUGGCUAGGUGUUCUUCUCUUAGAGAGAGAGGAAAGAAUAUGUCUUAGUGGAGUGCAUGUGUGUCGUGUGUGUGUGCGUGUGUGUGUGUGUGAAUGUAAGUGUGUGCGUAUAUUUGUGCAUAUAUAUGUGUGUGUGUGUGUGUGAGGGAAGGGGACUAAUUGGCCUAUAUAGGCCAAGUUAGUUUUAGUAUCAUAUAUUGCAUAUUGUACAACACCCUCUUUCUGUGGGUUAUUGGCUAGGUGUUCUUCUCUUAGAGAGAGAGGAAAGAAUAUGUCUUAGUGGAGUGCAUGUGUGUCGUGUGUGUGUGCGUGUGUGUGUGUGUGAAUGUAAGUGUGUGCGUAUAUUUGUGCAUAUAUAUGUGUGUGAGUGUGUGCCAACACGUAUGCAUGUAUUGUCUGUCUGCACGUUGGUUUGAUGUUUGAGUUGUAAGCUGUUAAUAAAUCAAGACCCUUGGGACUAAUUUGAUGUUGGAUUAUUGUGUGAUUUGUUCCUGUGUUGUAGUAGCAGUCAAUACACAUAGAACAAGGCUGAGGACAUUGUUCAAAACAAAACAGCCUCAAUAAAUGGUAUGCCUGUAUCUACUGUAUCACUGGUCAAGUGGAGAUCUUCCUCACACCUUUAAGCUCAAACUCACAGAGGCUGGCUGGCGAGAUGGAAGGAAGUAUUCCCAACACACAGAGAGACAGAGAAAUACACUGAUAUUACUGGCCACAAUUAUGGGAAGAUACAUAUCUCUGUGUGACUGAGAACAGUGACAUUCUCCAUUUAGCCUUUGCCUCAGGUUGGAUUCAACCCUCCCCUGUGUUCAUGACUGAUCACAUGCCACUACAGAAUUGUGUAAAAUGUAUCCUCCUCUCACUGUCCUCUCCCUGUCCUCUCCUUUUCUCCUCUCCCUCUUCCUCCCCAGUCCUGAGUCCAGUCAGCCACUGUGCCCAGAGCUUAAGGUGUAUUUGUGUAAAGUGCUCUCUGUCAGUUUGUUAUUGUGUAUGUUUGUGGUCCUCUUUUGAGACUGUGUUCUGCAGUACACACAUACAAACCAAGGUAUUAAUAAUACAGAGGUGACUGUUGACUAUAAUGACCUUGUUACAAUCUAGCGCUUGUUCUCUCAAUGUCUCUAGCGUUCUCUCGCUCUACUUCUCUAAAUAGAUCAAUUAGACCACCAUAGUGGCAUGAGUUACACGUCUGUAUUGCCAAAGUUAAUUAUAGAAAGGAAAUCAUACAAUAUCAAGCAGAGCAUCAACAAUGUGGUUCCUAUAGUUAUGAAAAUAUAUUGUAUGUAGGAGGAUUUAGAUUAAUUGGGAAUUGAAUUGCAACAGUGGUUCUUUUCUUUCUGUGUGUCUGUAUCUCUCUUCAAUAAACUAUUCCCCUCCCACUU